AUGUCGUUGAGCGACUGGGAGUCAGACCUUACCGACAUUGAGUCCUCGUCGGAGGAAGAGUAUUUGCCCACAAAGAGGAAACCUGGCAGGCCACCUCAGCCGCCCAAGGAGUACAGGAUCACGAAUGCUCUCAGUGCUCCCCGAGCAACAAACUAUUCUACCAAGCAUAUACAUGACCUGCUGGUUGCCGGUAGUAUCGACUUAGAUCCGCAAUAUCAACGAGAUGUCGUCUGGCCUGAAGGCAAACAGAUGGGUCUCAUAGACUCGCUCAUGAGAAAUUACUACGUGCCUCCGAUCAUAUUCGGUACGGGCGGCAUUGUCAUCACGUUCUUGCCUCCGAUUGACCCGCGAUCAAUAGCUGUGAAGAAAGAUCCCAAGACCUCAGAAGAAACUCGAGUUUGUAUCGACGGCAAGCAGCGCUUGACUUCCCUGCGCAGGUUCAUUGAUGGCGAGAUCGCUCACAAGGACUCGGACACGGGCAAGAAGUAUUUCUUCGGGCGAUCAAGCAAACCAGGUCGCGCGAUGCUCCCAUUGGCACUAACCGGAUCUUUCUUGAUGAAGCAGAUAGUCUGCAUGGAGUACGAAGAGAUUGAUGAGGAGCAAGAAAGAGAGAUCUUUCAGCGUGUGCAAAUGGGCAUGGCUCUUACGGUUGCCGAGAGAAUGCAGGCCAUAUCUGGGCCUUGGCCAGACCUCAUCCGGGAAGUCCAAGCUGUGACUAUUGGCGAAGAAGGGUUCGGAGGCGCGCUAGACUGGGGCACUGGGCGAGGGCGCGACUUUCAGUGUCUCGUCACAAUAGUUUAUCUCACCACAGACAAGGUUAUAUUUCCUGGAUCCCAACAGCUGGAAAAAUGGUUGGCACGAACUGCACCCGUCCCAUCCAAGCUUCGAAUCGACAUACUCGAAACGUUCCGCAUCUUCGUAUAUCUUGCCAGAGAGCCGAAGUUCUCGAGGUGUUUUCAAAAACCUACCCGCAUCUCACCCGUGGAGUUCAUCAUGACGGGGUAUGCCAUAUACACCCUGCGUGAGCAGCUGUCCUUCUCUCAGCUCUCGUCGGCAAUCGCAAAGAUGAGAGAGGACGUUCGUGUAAAGCAUGCCGACAUUCGUGCCAACAAGAAGGUUAUGACCACCAUGCACACUUUCCUGCGCAACAUUACCAAGGACCCUUCAUUCCUCAAGAAAGACAAAGAUGACACCGCUGCCUCGGAUGCUAUCAAACACAUUGCACAUAAGCCUGCGAAGCGUAAGCGUACAGAGGCCCAGAUGGACGAUGAUGCCGAGGAGCAGCCCAAGCGAGUCACGCUGUCCAAGACGGCCAUUGCCAAAGCUACAGAGGCUAAUAAGAUCAAGACCAAGACAACAGCGACAAAGGUUACGAAGUCUGUGACAUCCAAGGAAACGGGUACUAGAACAACCGUCAAAAAGGUGCCAGUAUCCGCGCCGACCUCAAAGCCCUUCCCUUCCACUUCGAAGAUUUCCUCAUCUGCUUCCCACACCUCGACCGCUGCCAAGGCCUUCCCUGCCGCCUUUAAGCCAGCUAGCGCUGCUUCAUCUACGACACCACAGACCUCAAUAUCUGAUACUACCCAACAGUCGUUCAAGACUAAGGUCCCAGAUGGUAUGGGUCCGCCUGCCAUCCCGCGGAAGGCCCCGCGAGACGGUAUGGAUUUGAACCUUCCUGCGGGCCCUGCGGCGCCAGCCUCUGCCGAGCGACAGUCACCACAGUCACACCACACCACACCCACCUCCGAUGCUCUCCAAUCCACUAACGUGGCCAGUUCUCAAUCAUCAGCUACGCCGACGCCACCCCCUAUCCCGAUCAAGCCCGACCCAGACAACGAGCACCCGCGUGUAGGUGGGAUAGUGGACCGCCUCGCACCGAUCCGCAACGCGAAGAGCAGUGCCCCAAGUUCACCUGAGCUGCCCUCGCAGCUGUCCUCGCCAAGCCGAUCGCUUUUCGCUCAGCAUCAGCAGCAGUUCCUCCAGCAGCAGGGCGGCGCCUUGUCUCCUCCCGCGACGACACAAGGCACCGAGCAAGACCAUCCACGGCUGCUUCCACGCACUUCCUCGGACCCGACGUUCCAACACAACGCCGCGAGACAGACCACACCCUCGACGCCCACGCCGCAGAUCACGGCUGCAGCGGUGCAGUCGCUGCUCGCGAGAGCAGGUUUCCAGGGCUCACCUAAGCUUCUCGCCACGUCGCCGCAAAACGCGGACACUCUACACGAUUCGCGUCGAAGGCCGUCGGUGUCAACACCCAUGCAAAGCCCGACCCUGCCGUUUGCAACUUCUGCGCCCAAGCCUCCGUCCGCGCCUGCAUCCGCACCCGCGUCCGCGAACGGCAGCGCAACGCACGCAUCACAGAGCCCGCCGGCUGCGCCCACGACACCCGGUCAUGCGCCGCAACCCGCGCAGCCGUCUCCCUCACGAUCGCUCUCGCCGACGUUGCCUCGUCGGCCGGAAGCGUCUCCUAAGGCGGACGUCGGAAAACCGAUGCUCGCGACACGCAUGAGCCCCGAGAGUGUGCGAGGGCCAGAGUGCUAGACCUCGACAGAAGUGGUUCAGUCUGUGUUUGUGUUCUUCCACCACCUACAUGUAGAGCUUUUAAUAAUACCUUCACGACUCCAGCAGUAUACAGUACGCCAGCAAGCACUAGGAGACGUGUAUUCCAAAUCUCUACUUCGUGUCAUUACUGUUUCUCGUAUUAUUGUACAAUCCGUGACUCCUUGAACGUUGCAUCUCUUGUGUUAGUAUGAUGACGUUCAUAUUGGCCACUUCUCCCACAGGUUGAUCGGGUCCGCCGGACUCUGCUAUGUCCAUCCCCACACUACAGCUUUCACGAAGCUUGUGAAAUACUUCUGAAUGCCCGUACAGUGCUGGUUCGUGGCACGUAUCGAGUCCGCGUCUUCCAAGUGCUUGUUCAGGCGCUGUUGUAGCCGACG